UGGCUAUCUCCAACCCACACCUGUGGUAGGAAAGAGGGAGGGCUGGCGUGUAGCGCUGCUCCCUGCCGGUGGAGGCUGCUGUGGGGGCAGAGGCCCCGCCUCCUUCUCCGCCUCUCCCCGUGCCCUUGGCUCGGAGUUGAUUAAACUGAAAAGAGCCGUCGGAGGAGGAGUUGUUGGACUGGGCCGCGCGCUGCAGCACACGAGGAUCCGGAACAGGCACAGCUUCCUCCUUCCCGGUUCACACUAGCCGAUCCUCGGGCCCCCCGCCCGCUGGCUUCUCCCGUGAGCUGCAGCGGAGAGGGCGGCCUCUCCGGGGAAGCUCGGCUGCGCUCGCCAUCGCCCUCCCUUUCCUGCUGCUCCUGCUCAGGCUGUCUCCUUGCCCCUGCGCUUCCUUUUCUCGCGCCCGGGCAUCUAAUCUCCUUUCCCCCUCCCCACCCGCGCUCUUGCUGCCGCCCGCCGCCCCCUCUUCUAGCGAUUCGGAGCCGCCCACUUAUUCCUUUCCUCUUUGUGGGGGUGUGGGGGUGAGGUAUGUCCCAGCCUCGAGUCGCGUUAGCUUUAGCGAGGUUUUCGGAGUCGGCUUUGUAACAGCUGCAGGCUGUUUUCUUUCUCCCCUCCCCUCCCCUCCAUCCCCUGAGGAGAAAAGAAAACAUUGCAGGGGGUUUCUUUGGUGUUUUUUUCGAGGGGGGGAGUCGAAAGGGGGGGAAAGUGCACCCCGUCCUGAAGCAGCUCUCCUUAUUAUGAAAGCUUUAUCAAACUUGUCUCUGUUUAGGUUCCCUUCUUGGACAAGGGCUCCUUUUGUGGCCUUGUUUCAUUUCUGGGGGGGGGGCGUCAUCCGAUGAAGCAUCUCCCUGGAACCAAUUUCCUUUGAUUUUUUUUUUUUUUAGAAGCCCACUAAGCCCAGCAGAUCCUCUUGGGUGUAUUGUUUUGGAGAGGGAAGAUAGGAAGGAAUAAUGCAGGGGAAAUUCGUGGGGGCUUUUUGCUCUUUCUGGGCUUUGCCUUUCUUGUUUGGUGCAGCUGCCCUCCUGGGUCUCCUGCCGGUGCUCCAUAGCUAUGGCUCCCAGCCGAACCCCAUGGUGGUCACGACGCAAUCCCACUCCUCCAGUGCUCUGGUGGCUGCGAUUGAGAGCAUCACCGCUGCUCCGCCUGUGCCCCAAGAGAGUCAGACUGUGCCCAAGCACCCCGAAAACACUUCCACCGUUGGACAUGGCAAGCAUCGGAAGCUUUUCCCCGUCCUGGGCAUUCAGUAUGAAAAUGUACGGAUCCCCUUUGAGAUUGCCCUUUGGAUCCUGCUUGCCUGCCUCAUGAAGCUGGGGUUCCAUGUGAUUCCAACCAUUUCCAGUAUAGUUCCAGAGAGCUGCUUACUGAUUGUUGUAGGACUACUGGUCGGAGGGCUCAUCAAAGCCGUGGGGGAGAAACCUCCACUCUUAAGCACAAACGUCUUCUUCCUCUUCCUCCUCCCUCCCAUCAUCUUGGACGCUGGCUACUUCCUCCCCUUGCGCCAGUUCACGGAGAAUCUGGGCACGAUCUUGAUCUUUGCAGUGCUGGGAACGCUGUGGAAUGCUUUCUUCGUGGGCUCGCUCAUGUACGCCAUGUGCCAGAUUGGUGGCACUGGUUUGGCUGACAUUGGCCUCCUGGCCUGCCUGCUUUUUGGCAGCAUCAUCUCGGCAGUAGACCCCGUUGCCGUGCUGGCUGUAUUCGAAGAGAUCCACAUCAACGAGCUGUUGCACAUCUUGGUAUUUGGCGAGUCUUUACUGAACGAUGCGGUCACUGUGGUCCUCUACCAUCUUUUUGAAGAGUUUGCCACGUUUGACAAAAUCACUUUUACCGACAUCAUCCUGGGCUUCCUCAGCUUCUUUGUGGUCUCUCUGGGGGGCGUCUUUGUUGGGGUCGUCUACGGCGUCAUCGGGGCCUUCACCUCCCGCUUCACUUCCCACAUCCGCGUCAUCGAGCCCCUCUUCGUAUUUCUUUACAGCUACAUGGCGUACCUCUCUGCAGAACUUUUCCAUCUCUCAGGCAUCAUGGCGCUCAUUGCAGCUGGGGUGGUUAUGCGCCCUUAUGUGGAAGCUAACAUCUCCCAUAAAUCCCACACCACCAUCAAGUACUUCCUGAAGAUGUGGAGUAGUGUCAGCGAGACCCUCAUUUUCAUAUUCCUUGGGGUCUCCACGGUGGCCGGGAACCAUCGCUGGAACUGGACCUUUGUCAUUGGCACCCUUUUUUUCUGCUUGAUCGCCAGGGUUUUAGGCGUCUUGGGGCUGACUUGGUUCAUUAACAAAUUCCGCAUUGUGAAGUUGACACCGAAGGAUCAGUUCAUCAUUGCCUACGGGGGCCUGCGAGGGGCCAUUGCCUUCUCUCUGGGCUACCUUCUUGAUUAUGAACAUUUUCCCAUGAGAGAGAUGUUCCUCACUGCCAUCAUCACAGUCAUCUUUUUCACAGUGUUUGUGCAGGGAAUGACCAUUCGCCCUUUGGUGGACCUUCUAGCAGUGAAAAAAAAGCAAGAGACCAAGAGGUCUAUCAAUGAGGAAAUUCACACUCAGUUCUUGGAUCAUCUUUUGACAGGGAUUGAGGAUAUAUGUGGCCACUAUGGUCACCACCACUGGAAGGAUAAGCUGAAUCGCUUCAACAAGAAAUAUGUGAAGAAGUGCCUAAUAGCUGGGGAAAGGUCGAAAGAGCCCCAGCUGAUCGCCUUCUAUCACAAGAUGGAAAUGAAGCAGGCAAUUGAGCUGGUGGAGAGCGGAGGAAUGGGCAAGAUCCCCUCCGCUGUCUCCACCGUCUCUAUGCAAAAUAUCAGUCCCAAAACCUUGCCUGUGGAGCGCAUCCUGCCAGCUCUGUCUAAGGACAAAGAGGAGGAGAUCCGGAAGAUUCUGCGCAACAACUUGCAAAAAACCAGACAGAGGCUGCGGUCAUAUAAUCGACACACUUUGGUGGCAGACCCUUAUGAAGAAGCCUGGAAUCAGAUGUUGUUGAGGAGGCAGAAAGCCAGACAGCUGGAACACAAGAUGAACAACUACCUGACAGUACCAACGCACAAAAUAGAUUCACCAACCAUGUCAAGGGCACGCAUUGGCUCAGACCCUCUAGCCUAUGACCCCAAGCCCGACUCCGAGAACCUCCCUAUCAUAACCAUCGACCCUGCAUCCCCACAGUCUCCGGAGUCUGUUGACUUGGUGAACGAAGCACCAAAGGGAAUGAGCCACCUCCCACCAUCCCCAGAGGAAGAUGAGGAUGACGACGGGCUGGUGAUGCGAGCCAAGGAGCCUUCCUCUCCAGGCACAGAUGACGUGUUCACCCCCGGAACUGGCGACAGCCCCAGCAACCAGCGGAUAAUGAGAUGCCUGAGUGACCCUGGGCCUAGGCCUGACCCUGAGGAGGGGGAGCCCUUCAUCCCCAAAGGGCAGUAAGCUCUCCCCCGAUGCACUACUUGACCUGACCUGUAGAGGGAACUUCCUGCAAAACCACACACACGUACCACGGGCUUCUCUGUGUUGCUUCCUCCUCUUGCUCUUUCUCUCUCUUUGCGCUCGUCGUUUUGGAAGCUUUGAUAGGAGGUAAGAAAUAGUAACCCAAAUGGAAUGCAUAUCUCAUGCCAGCUUGGCUGUUUGGCUGAGAAAGCAACGGGUAUGGUGGGUGACCAAAUUCCUUUUCCUGAAAAAUGCCAGCCCACCCCCUCUCCUCCACAUUGAGAGGAACAUCCCAUCCUCCAGGACGGGCGGGGUGAGCUGGUGUGCUUUGCCCCAUUGCUGCCUUCUCACGUAGUGCCAAGAAUCUGUUUUCAUUUGAGCUCCCAAAGCCGCUUCUUCAUUCGCUCUCCAGAGAGCCUGCUUUUCCUUCUUUUUUAUUGUCGCUCUUGUUUUCCAUUCCAAACACAUUGGAGAAGCAGAGGAAACCCAUCUUGCAUCUGGUAUAGCAGAAUCUGUGGCUAGACGGUGUGUCCUGUUACACCAGCACUUUCCUGGGGUUCCUGUGGGCCGGCCACAGGGAGGCUGUGCCUCGGGUAAGCGGUGAAGCUGGAACUCCGCGCAAUGUUGAGUAUGGCUUUAAGUUACCAGCUGAACUUCUUAGCUUUUACCUCUGCUAGAGCUGGCAUUGGCGGCAGCAGACCUCCCAGCCUCUCCACUAAAGAAGGUCCUUGUAAUAAAUCUCUGAGCUGUUGGCGCUUUAAACCCCAUUGGGUUGUUUUUAAAAAAUUACUUUAGAGUACUUCUGGAUUGGAAGGAGUUUGGUACUGUGAUGUCUCAGCCUUGCCCAGUGCUUCCAUCAUCAAGGCAAACACCACUUUUUUCUGACAUCAUGUUUUAGUAUCUGGUGGUGGUUGGGUAAGAGCUGAAGCAUUCCAAGCUUUAGAGUUUGUGGAUUUCUUUUUGAAUCCCAUAAAGCCAUAAGAAAAAAAACCCUUCCAAACUUUGAAUCACCUGGGGUUGUUUUUUUUGGGGGGGGGGCUUUGUUUUGUUUUCUCAAGCCUAUUAAGUGAAAAUUAGCAGUUUGCUCCUAGAACCUAACCUGUUAAGUGUGUCCUGACACUGAGGGUUGAUCACGUGCCAACUUUGGCGGCGAACACAUGGGCAAGUUAGCACAAGUGUACACAACUGCAGCCUCUUCUCUACUCCCCUGUAGGGUUCAGAGGGCCACACUUACAAGCCCCCAUCACUGUCUAAAAUUGUACAGAUUUCACAGAAUCAGAGAAUAGUAGGAAGGGGCCUAAAAGGGCAUCAAGUCCAACCAUUUCUGCUGAUCAUUUCUCCAUGUUCUCCUUUUCCUGGAGUCACUCAUUUUCUCAUCUUAUAAUCUCAAUUACUUUUUAAAAACACGCACUCAGAACAUUUUGUUGACCAAAGACUGAAUAUGUGGUUGUACAUAAUAGAAUUGCUGGUUUGUUUUAUUUUUUUUAAAACACAGGGUAUCUGUUUCUUUAAAAGGUGACAAAUUAUUCCACAAAGGGCCGCGACAGUGCCUGUUGCUCCACCUGUCCCAUCAGAGGGCAUGAGGACUGCAUUCUCCGUCUCUCUAGUGCCAGCCUUUGCCAAUCUGGUACGCUCCAGAUGUUUGGCCUACAACUCCAGAUGUUCUGGGCUACAAUUAGAGCCCAAAACAUCUGGAGGGUACCAGAUUGGCAAAGGCUACGUUGGCAAAAAAGCUUUAAUAAUUUUUUUUUUGCUGCCUAUAAAUGUGAGAGCAUGAAAUCUACUAGGUAGCUGGGUUUGGGCCUUACUUUUUAGCAAUAUCUGGGAAGAGAAGAUCAAACCCUAGCCAGUUUUCUCUCCUUCCAGGGACACCUUUCUCAACAAGAGCGUCCUUGUCACUGGUUUUUGACCCUUCGUCCUCUUAACAAGUUCCUUUCAGCUCUGCUUUUUCUCACCUGCCUGCUAGAGUCUUUCUCCAGCCUUCGCUCCCCAUAGCACAUUCCCCAGUUUUCUCUCACAGUGGGCAUCACCCCCCUGUAGAAGGUGCUAGGUUAGCUUUCCCCUACCUGGUUUUGGACUACAACUCCCAUCACACCUGACCAUUGGCCAGACUGGCAGGAAUGAUAGUCCAACAUUUGGAGAGCAUCCACAUUGGCUAUCCCUGAACUAGAUUCUCCGUAUCUUACCCUUUAUCCUCUAUCACUUCACUGCCACCACUGCUGUCCUGCUUUCUGAAAACCCAGCCUCUCAUUAUCCUGUGCUGUGAAACUCUGAUCUCCACCCACCUCUAUGAAGAUGGAGCCCCACAGUGGUUCUACAGCUAGGAGUAAAUCCACCCUUGCAAGCAAUUGCAAGGCUUAAGUGUCUGGAAGUUCCAAGGCUUUCCGUGUCUCCCAAAGACAAAAGUGUUGUCUACAGAACAAGCAGAUCGCAUGGUCAAGACUGUGUUUGCAGACUGUCCCAGAUCAGACUGAGGGUGGGGGAAGAAAAAGGUUCUGCGUGUCAGGAAAGAGGGCUCUAGCGUACCUUUUGCCCUGACAGGCUAGUUUUCUAUAUAGUGGAUGUUUACAGAUAGAUAGGUAUGAGGGAGCAUCCAAUGACUCCAUUGCCCUAUAGUCUGAAAUGAUAUGGUUCACAAAACAGUUUUGAUCCUGUGAUCUGCUUUGGUAGAGUAGCCCUUAGCCAAAGAUGGCCUUUCCUGUCAAGGCAUUGCAGUGAUUCCCUAUUGCUUACCCCAAAGAAAUAGGACAACAUUCAGAAAGGAGACUGGAGCCUUUGGGCUGCAGCCCUACACAGAAGUGAUCGACACAGUUAUUCCACAAUGAGCUGUUUUUUUAUUUUCUUACUGAGGAUGGGUAUGUUGUGUACUGACUGGCGGGGAGAAUCAAGUAGAGAGGGGUAUCAGUUCUGCACUUUAGACAUCACUUCUGGAAAUUACAAAUCUGUUACCAACGCUGCUUUCAAGGACUGUGCCCUCUACAGAGCCAUGCUGGUGCCUCCUGGGGGUUUUCCGGUAGUUCUUAGCCUCCCCCACCCAUCCCAAAGGGGGUAAUUUCUCUCUCUGCCCCCUGUGCCGUGCCUUUUUAGCCAUACAGUGUCUGCCUGCGCAAAAAAACAGAAAAAAGAUGUCGUGAUUGUGCUACUCUGUCUGGUCACUCUAGGCCCCAGCCAGGAAGACUAGACUUGGCCUGUUAAUAGCUCUUUGUGCGUGCCUGUCCGUCUUUUUUCCAUCCAAACAGUGACACCUUCUCCCUCCUUCAGCACACUCAUCCCUCCCCCCCAGAGGGGAAUUGCUGCAAGCGGCACAGGUCAGAGAAGGGAAGAGCGGCAGAAGGGGGCCCAUCCGGCUUGCCCACCCAAACCAACCCGACCCAGCCCAGUCCUCGGCUCUGUGUACUCUCUACCUAACUUGGGCCUUGCCAUAGCGCUCUGCUUCAGGCUGAGCAGAAGUCACUAGGCUGUAGUAGCCUGUAUGUGCUUUCAUGUACAAAUGCUCUGUCUCCAGCAGCAGCUGUUGAAGCAAUUGGGGUGGGGGAGAGAAACUACUGUAUAAAAAUAUGUGUAAAGAGAGUCUUUUUACAUAAAUAUUCUAAUAAAUGAAUGUUUUAAUUUUUA